GACGAUUUCACGAACGUGCGCUUGUCAACUGGUAAUCUGCCUUGCUUCCUAAUCCACCGUUGGGCCCUCUGCGUAGACGCUGCCGCAGAAAGCCUUUUCCGAUUACAACGCCUUUGGACCGUCACGAUCGUAAACAGCCUUCCCGUGAUGCUGGCAGUCUCCUUAGAUCGGUGCUCGGGCCCGACACCAGUCAUAACGGCCGCAACUUGAUUCCACACACUGACAAUGCAUUUCUCCAAGACCUAUGCUCAACUGCUGAGCGAGCUCCCACACGAAUUAAGCGACAAUGCUAUUCAAUAUCGUCAGCUGAAAAAACUCAUUAAUCAAGUCGCCAUAGAGCUCGCAACGCUCGGACUUGGGCCGGCAGUGUUAAACAGUCUUUUGCGAACCGGUUCCGACUCGAUUCCGUCGGAGGGGAAGGGGAAAGGACGCGGCACACGUAUCGUUUACGAAUACAAUAAUGAGUCGGGUCAAAUUCAGCCUCGCUUGCGAUUGUGGGUCGGCGCUUCCCACUCAACGACCUCACCAUUUCGAUCCGAAGCAGGCACAGAAGAAGAAGAAUUGGGAACAGACGACCCGUCGCUUGCCGCGCUACUAUGGGCCAUGCAGCGAGAAAGCAAGCCCUUGGGGACGUCGGUAGAACAACGAGAUGGCAACAUGGAAAUCGUUAUACCAUUACCCUCCGAUUCCGCCUUUUUCCAACUGCUUGCCACUGCUCUUUCCGCUUUAUCCGAGAGGCUGCUCGCCAUACAUGCUGAAUUUGUGCGAACGCUUGCUGACCUGACCGUCGCUGUGUCGUCUUCGGCACGUCCAGUUUCGUCCGAAAACCACUCAUUCAGAGUGCAUUCGCCUUUCACAUCGGAUGCUGGUGGAGUCCGAGUAGACGCUUCGAGCAGAAAGAGUGAUCUUUCGACUUGGCGAGAAAUAUUCCAGCUCUAUCUCCAGGCCGAAAUCUUCGAAUGCCUGAGCGAAAGAUCGCGAGGGGAACGCACAGUUGAGGAUGUGGAGACCCGAUUGAAGGAUUUUGCAGAGCGCGUGACUGUACUGGGACUGGAUGAUCGACGGCGUCUUAAGCUUCCUGCGAGUCAAAGUGCACUCAAAACUUUCUUCGAACUAAACGUUUUCAUCUUGAACGUCAAGAAGUUUGAACUUGCUAAUUCGGAAGCGACCCGCAAAAUUCUCAAGAAACAUACGAAACGCACAGCGUUGCCUAUCACCGACAAUAAUAACACCCAUUCGCUCGCAAUAUUACCCUCCCAUGAUGCUUCUCUUCCCCGUAUUCUCGUUCAAGAGUUGGGCACGACGCUGUUGCCGAUUGUCCCUUCUUUGGAUGAUUACUCCUGUCUGAUCUGCACCAGUCUGGCUUUCAAACCUAUCCGGCUCUCCUGUGGUCACCUGUUCUGCGUACGCUGCUUAGUCAAGAUGCAGAAGCGUGGCGACGAGAGGUGUCCCGUGUGUCGUUCCCCAUGCGUUUUGCUCGCCGACCGAUCCAAUGUUGAUUGGGCUUUGCUCAACUUUAUGCGCGAUUGGUUUCCGGAAGAGGCUCGUUUCAAAUUGCGUCAGAACGAGCAGGAAGCUGCCCAAGAACAAAUGGAAGAACUAGGCAUCACUUCUCAGCAGCCGUGUCUUAUUAUGUAGUGCCUGAUAAAGUACAGAUGCGAUACCCUAUGAGCCUUCCUUGGAGCU